UAUCUGGUGUGAACUCCUUUAUGAUCUGGCAGAGGUCAGAUAAUCUCGAAGUCCCUCCAAACGAUAAAUACCUACCUUGAGUGCAAUCAAGAGUAUAUCUUCAACCAUUGCCAGCGCUCUAACACUCUCAGAAAUGCCCAAAGUUGUAGGAACCAGACUCAUGGUCAAAGAAAGGGGAGGAAAAACUCAGUUGGCUUUCCGCAGAGCACUAGGUAUACGCGGGGAUCAAGACGUCCAGUUUCAAGAGAUCAAGCACCGCAUACGAACUCUCGCGGUGAAGCACUUUGAGAUCGGUCGAAAACCUCGGGAACAGGAUCAGAUUAUCAAAGAGCGAUUCUUAGCGGAUGUUCAAAAAGCCUUCCCGAUUUUUGGAGAUGACGAGUGCGCAAAUGCACAUCUACUCAGAUACGUCGAUAGAUAUCUUGGUGCCAAAGCGGUGCCGAGUUCACGCUUCUAUCACAUGGUGCACGGUAACGACAUUGUAGAUCAUGAUGGAGAUUGGCUACUAGGGGACAGUGACAAGUCUGACAACGUCGAAGAACACCGUGAUACGCCAGCGAAUUCUGAGCCACCGGCGGGUCUUACUAGUACAACUCUCCACAACAGAUCCCAGGCGAUCUCUGAGCUGGACGAGGCAAAUGAAGAAGCUUCUCGUAUGGUUAUCUCUGAUGGUAUCCAAGGUAGUAUGGUGCAAAAGUCACCUGGCAUCUCCGGUGACUCCUCGCCGAGCCCUACUCUAACGGAUGCUUCUCGAACUAUGAAUCGUUCACCAUCUCAAGAUCCGCUGGCGGCCAUGUCAAUAGAUUAUGAUACCACCUCGCGCAAGCACAGCGAUCAGCCAAGGCGUGCGUCAUCCGCGAGUACAGUAUCGGCGAAUGACUCCUGCCACACAACACCUAUCAGGGACUUCCUCAGUCGUGCAGCGCUUGGCCAUUUACUGGAGGAACUUAUGACAUUAGGCAUCAAGAAUCAGUCGCGUCUUCUUCUUGCAGCAACAUGGUCAGAGGAGGACGUCAAUAUCCUUUUGCGUGAUUCUGUGCGAGAAAGGAGGAUCGACAAAUUUGAGGCGCAGCAACUUGUUAUUGCCUUGCGUUCUCUCGAUCGGCAAUCUAUGCGAGUUGGUAACUGACUUGAUGCCUCAACAUACAUUUCGAGCCAGUCACAUCACUUCUGCGCAUGUACAUGUACUGUAAGUCUUCUUUAGCGAUUAAGAGUUUACUAUAUCAAAGAUACAGUACGGUACUGUAUCUUUCGUGAGUAGCUUACAAAAG